AUGGACAUUAGUGGCUUUACCAAUACAGACAGUGGCUUUGCCUGGUGCUGGUCAUCGUUUUCCACGCCUAUCACUGUGUUCCCCACCAAAUGGGUAGAGUCCAGAAGCGAGAUGGUCCUCCAAACAGAUAACGCCACAGUUCUUAGCAGUGGGAUCGCGUCCAUGGGGCCUAUGGCAGGCUACUGGCAGGAAUCAGAUCUCUUGAGAUUUGAUCCCGAAUAUGCGGCUAUACUCGCAUCGAAAUUUGAUCUUGACUUCACACCGACUGCCGUAGCCACAGCCGAUGCCACAGCGGAAACAGCGUCUCCGCCAGAUCGAAGUCAAUUCCCAUCAGCGACGUCGUCCCUCGAAAUGGACUCUGAAGAAUCUACCGGUCUCAGUAGCGGCGCUAAGGCAGGCAUUGGUGUUGGGGUAGCCUUUGGAGUAGUAUUACUGUGCGCUGCUGGUUUCUUACUUUACAGGAGACGCGUCCAGAAGGUGAAGCUCGACAGCAAAUCUGCUUUACAGAACGAACAACCUGAGUUGGUUCAGAUGCGCACCCUACGGGACAAGGUGCGGCACAGCCCCAACCAACGCUCAACAGCCAACGAUUCGAUCCUUCUCACGGGCCACCUCGACCUCUGCCUCAUGAGCACAUACGGCGUAGUGGUCUCUGCGAAUUAA